AUACAUUGGUUUCCUUUGCAUGAUUGGAUCCAUUACACGGCAGCAGGUGCGGUCUAGACGGAUACCAGUGAUAGCCGGCCCAAUGUUGACAUUUUUGUCCUCUAAACUACAAUGUGUGUAAUUGAUCUGUGAUCUUUCAUCUCCUCUCAUGUCGCUGUGGUUUUAGGAGGACUCUGGAGAGGUAUCAACUGUGUGUGGUGUGAAACGAUAGUUUUGAGUAAACUUGGGUAGUUUAGUAUCUUCAGCUCCAAUUCUGAUGUAUUCCACAGAAUGAGAUGUUUUUCAGCUGGGUUUAUGUCUACUUUGCAUGGGUGUAUCACCGCAUGUUUAAGUGGGUAGUUCGUACAUUGACGGGUAGGCAUGAGUUACAGCGUAUCUGUGCUGGUGAAGGAGUUGGUCACAAGCGAACUAGCAAAAUUGAAAGCUCGUUAAAAAACUCCAAACUCGGUGCUCUGAGAAGAAUAAUAGAAGAGAAUGUUAAAAACAUCAAUGAUGCAGUGGAAGGUGUCAUAGCUAUCAAAGGAAUCAACAUACUCACAUGCCCUAACUUUGCACCGUGUCUUCUACGAUGUGUGGAGCAGAUCUGUGGCUACAAGACUCUUGUUCAGGAUGUAGAAACAUUGAGAAAAAAUAAAUAUCAAUCAUCAAAAGAAGACCAUGAGGAGUUGCUUAAGAAGUUGUGGGACCUUAUGAUGCCGGACACGCCACUGGAGAAACGAAUCACAAAACAAUGGGGGACCAUUGGGUUUCAGGGUGACGAUCCAGCUACUGAUUUUAGGGGAAUGGGUAUACUGGGUCUACUUAACUUAAUAUAUUUCGCAGAGACUUACAACAAAGCUGCUAGACAUGUUCUUUCACAUUCUCACCAUCCUAAAUAUGGGUAUUCCUAUGCAGUUGUGGGUAUUAACAUGACCAGUACAGCAUACCAUUUGCUCCAAGACGGAACACUCAAAACUCACCUAUACAACCAUGUGGAAAGACAACCAACAGUGGAAGAUUUCCAUCAAGUAUAUUGUUAUGUGCUUUUCAACUUUGACCAAUUCUGGUUGGCAGAGAAGCCACGUGACAUCAUGGAAUUUAGUCAUGUCCGAGACAAAUUCGAGGAGAAACUAAGACGAGAUCUCAGAAAUCCAACAACAAUCUUAAAGUGUGACUUUACCUUAGAAAAUUGAGAUUUGUAUUAACAGUGUUCACACCAGGCAGCUGCCAUUUUGUUUCUUAAGACCCAUUGCACAACGCGCAGCGCGCAUACACGCGCAUCACCUGUCUGCCAUUUUGGGGGUCAAAAUGUGCACAAAAGGAUGGUACACAUGUUUACGCAGCAAUGCGCGUGUAAACAUGUGUACCAUCCUUUUGUGCAUGUUUUGACCCCCAAAAUAGUGGACAGGAAACGCCUGGUAAGUGCACAGCGCGUUGUGCAACGGGUCUGUUGCAGUGUAAAUUAUGGGUGCGUUCGUUUAGCUUCCCUGGGUCGACCCCGGUGUGCGACCCAGGGAAGCUAAACGAACGCACCCAAUGAAGUUGACAAAAGUGGGACCAGGAGAGAAAAGACUGGCACGAUUCAUGUAUUUAGGGUAUAAUAUUAAUAUCAGUCCGAUCAGCUAGUUGUUCUUCUAUCAUGGUGUCAAUGCAGGUUCUGCCAUAAAUUAUUUUCAGGAAACAUUUACUUAAAGUUACUCAUUGUGAGUGAUCUUUUGAUACACAAACGGGUUGAGAUUUCAUUUUAAAAGUUUUACAUAAAAUUAUAUUGAUCAUUUAUUAGAGUUGACAAUUGUUUCAGAUUCCUUGAUUUAUAUACAGCACGUGUGCUUUCACUAAUUUUGAAUAGAAUAUCAUUCUAGAUUAUCAGGGAAAGUUUUCACUGAAAUAUUUUUUAAAUCCAAGUUGUUGUAUUUUCAAAGAAUGGUUGAAAGAUGAAAAGCAAGCCACAGUCAUCCUACAACCAGAUAUUUGUUUGCAAUGUACAAGAGCUGUGUACAGCUGAAUACUUUUAUGUGUGCCAAUUCUUAAAGUAAAACUUGUGGGAACAAAUAAAUCGAAUACUAUGUAAACAGUGACAUAAUGUGAACAUUUACCAGAUUUUUGUAUGCACAAGACUGCAGUUUCUUUCGAAUAAAUAGGUUGCCAAAAUAAUUUGUGCAAUGAAGAACAGCAUUCAAACACAGUUUAGCCUUUACUAGUGUGCUGGGAGAUAAAUAGUGUGUUAUAGUUGGUGUAUGGUAAGACUUUACUUUUGAUGUGUACUAGUGUGGUUUAAGUUUGGGUUUUUUCCAUUCAGUUUUAGGGUUAUUUAUUAUGGAAAGAGGUAUUUGAGAUAUUUAACAGUUCGUUAAAUUUGUAUUGGGUAUAAAAAUAUCAUUACACCGAUUUUAAGUGUACAUUUUCACAUCAUUGUAAGGAUGAAAACCAAACAAUUUCGGAUACAAUUAUUUUGUUUGGCAUACUCUUUCCAAUAGAUAAUAGCACAACGAAUUGUUGGAAUUAUUGGAACAUUAAUUUACCUUCACUGUAUCAUUAAUACUGCAGGUCAAUAAAUCUGUGUGUAACUUGAAAACUGACUUUAAACUUUGCCUUCACAACAGCUUUUUUGUAGCACUCUCGUUCAAAUCUUGACAUGAAAAAAAGAAAUACAUGGGGCCACUUUAUUAAUUUUUAAAGCACUUUAUUAAGUUAAAACCAAGUACACGUAAUAAACAAAAGUGUCUUUUUCAAAAUCACUACUUUACAAUAAACAAGUCAUUUGUGAUCAACAAAAGAUUUAGUUUCUAUUGUCACAAAAUUUAAUCUUUAAGAUAGUCGUAAUCCUUCACACUUGGAAUAUGCAUUUUUUUGAGAGUUUUGAAAAACAACAAAGCAAAGUUUAUGGCCUCGCUAUAUUAAAAUUUAACCAAAAGAUAUUGACAAAGUUACUAUCUAGAGUUGAUUUUGUGGAGGACUUGAACAAGUCCUGCGAUUGAACACAGUCAUCUACAAAAAGACAAUGACAAAAUGGCCACAAAAUGUAUCUUAUUGCAGUCAACAAAAACAACUUGAUGUCUGUUUCCUCUAUCUCUUAGUUGACAAAGCAAUGUUUUGCAUGGCCCAGUUUCAAAAAUAAGUAGGAUACCAGUCACAAAGUCAGGAGAUAACUUGUUUUCUGGUUAGCCAAAUUGAUUUUUGUACAACUAUUGAGCUAAAAAAAACAUUUCUAUGAAAUUAGAACAUGGUUGACACAGAUAAACCACACAGACAUUGAUUAUUGCUGUUCCAUUCAAGGUUGAAUUUAAACCUUGGCCCAACUUCAUAGCACUGCUUUCCAUACACCGACCUUAGGCAUUGACAUCAUCAGGCCUCCCAACUUGGAGCUAAAACAAUGACGCCAAAUUGAAAAAGCACAUUUAUGUGCGUGGGUUGUACAGGGUGGCCCAAUAAGCAACAUUCUUCUGACCUCUAGCAGAGGGCGCUCUAUUAAUGUCAUGUGUGACGUCAUUCUUUACAUGGAAUUUCGCAUUUUGCAGAGACAUGAAAUUGAACCAAGUUGCAAAACCGGGAGUUUUUUAUAGAAAGGAAAAACCAAUAUCACAAGUGUUGUUUUCCAACCGACGAACUGGUGAGGGAAUAAUUAAAAAACAAGAAGUUGUCCUGAUCAAGUGUUCAGAAAAAAAAAUUGUCAUUCUUGAUAACAACACAAUGUUCUUGACAUGACAAUUCAACGUUGUUGAAUCUAAAUAUUUUUCACACUUGUAAGAUCCUUCAUGUUAUAGUUCCCAUGAACAAGAUUGUAGGUUUAAGG